UACUUCCGUAAUUUCCCCUCCUUUUAUCUUGAUCGAAGAUCGAGUUACAUGGGAAUUUCAACUCGGCACGUGUUGAUAUAAGCAGUCUCCUCGCCGCCAAGUGCCGACGACAACUUCCGCUCUAAAUUUAAUUUCCUCCUUAUUAAUUCUAGGGUUCGUGAUCCUCUCCUUCCCGCAUUUCUUCUCCUUUCUGUCGUAUAAUCUUGUUGCGUUUUCGAAUAUCAAUGGUGCAAUUCGUGAAUUCCAAGAUGACGUUGUAUCCCGAGAAAUUGGCGGCGAAGCGGGAGUGUGUUGAUUACUUCCACGAGGAGCAUGAUCACUUGGACAAGCGGCUUAAGCCCGAUUUUCAUAAGCAGUCUGUUUGGGGACCUGACACAUUACAUGCAUCCUCUUCACACAAUAAUCCACUCGAUGAGCCUAGUCCUCUUGGUUUGAUGCUAAGGAAGAGCCCGUCCCUGUUGGAUCUUAUUCAAAUGAAGCUUUCUCAGGAGAGUGCGUCUACAGUGGCUGGAGCUUCAAACAGUGAAACUUUUGAGUUUGUGGUUAAAAAAGACAACCAGGAGGCUACCCUGCCGGGUACCAUUGAGAAACUAAAGGCUUCAAACUUCCCAGCUUCAUUUUUAAAGAUUGGACGUUGGGAGUAUAAAUCAAGACAUGAAGGUGAUUUAGUGGCGAAGUGUUAUUAUGCUAAGCAUAAGAUCGUCUGGGAAAUCCUCGAGGGUGGACUCAAAAGUAAAAUUGAGAUACAAUGGUCAGACAUUAUGGCUUUAAAAGCGAAUUGUCCUGAGGAUGGACCUGCUAUACUAAACGUUGUGCUGGCUAGACGGCCUCUGUUUUUCAGGGAGACCAACCCUCAACCGAGGAAGCACACCUUGUGGCAAGCAGCAGCUGAUUUUACUGAUGGUGAGGCCAGCAUACAGAGGCAGCAUUUUCUGCAAUGUCCACAUGGGGUUCUAAACAAGCAUUUCGAAAAGCUCAUCCAGUGCGAUUCACGCCUGAACUUCUUAAGCCGACAACGAGAGAUCGUGUCAGGAUCUCCAUAUUUUGAAUCAGCCUCUACUUUUACGACCGUGGAGCAAGCAGAGAAUGACAAUCAAUCUCUACUUACUACUUUCCAGGAUGUAGUUUCAUCAUCUGUUGCGUCAUCAUUGGAGGUCGAACAGUCUUCCCCUCAAAUGGUGUUCAAACCUUUCACUGUGGAGGUGCCUUCCCCCAGUUCAGUGAUGGACGCUCAUGAGAUUGAAGAGAAUAGAAGUACUGAAGUUAGCAGGAAGCCGAGAAACUGGGAGCAGAUAAAGGUUCGGGGGAUUCAUCCAUCCAUGUCGAUGGGUGACCUUGUAAGCCACAUUGGACAUCAUAUUACAGAACAAAUGGCUUCUACAAAGACGCCUUUUGUUGAUGAUGGCUCGGAGGAAUACCAAUCUAUGCUGAAUGAAAUUGCACAUUACUUGCUGAGUGACGAUCAAUUGUCAUCAGCAGCUCCUGCUGAGGUAUCAGUCAUGUCAAGAGUCAAUUCUCUCUGUUGCCUUUUGCAGAAAGAACCUGCUGCCGUUCAAAGUUCCCAAACCAGUGGCGAAAACUUUGUUGACAAUCACGAAGAGGAAGUUCGACUCAAGGAUGCUACAGAGUGGAGGGAUGGCAGGGAUACUGGAGACCAUAUCAACAUUCAUCCAGAAGUUAACAAGGAUGUUCCUGGAAGCAUACAAGCCUCAGCUAUGUCAAGGAAAGAUUCAUUUGGUGAUUUGUUUUUGCAGCUUCCUCGAAUCGCAUCGCUCCCUAAGUUCUUUUUUGACAUUUCAAAUGGUGAUGAAGGUCAAGAUUAAUUAGUUGCAAGCUAAUUUCCAUGGUGUUUGGAUAGUAUGGGGGGUUCCGGAUGGAGGAACCCCCAUGUGUGUAAAAAUUCGUUUAUUAGGUUCACAUCACAGCCUACAAUUGACCACAGAACACUGCUAUUGUACACAGCCAUUGUACACAGCCAUUGUACACAGAAUGAUUUGAUUAUACAUUCAAGUGGGUUAAACUCAAAUUUGGGCU